AGCCGGUUGAAACUGAAUAGAGAAGACGAGGAAUUAAGUACAGAGAACAGCCAUAGCUUCCCUCUCAAUCUCUCUCCAAAUUCCAUGGAGUCCAGCAAACAAGAAGUAGUCUUUGAGCUACCAAUGACUCUCCGAGUUCAAAAGGAUGGCCAUGUAGAGAGAUUAAUACCCACAGAUUUUAUCCCACCUUCAACCGAUCCCAUUACAGGAGUUUCAUCGAAAGAUAUUUUAGUAGUCCCAGAAUCCAACAUCACUGCUCGCCUAUUCCUACCUAAAAUCACAGAUCCGAAAGAAAAACUUGCCGUCCUUGUUUAUUUCCACGGAGGAGCCUUUGUUGCCCGCACGCCAUUCACUUCUCCAAUCCAUAAUUUUAUAACCAACCUUGUUUCUGAAGCCAAUGUUGUUGUUGUUGUUGUUUCUGUUGACUAUAGAAAAGCUCCGGAGCACCCUAUCCCGGCUGCAUAUGAAGAUUCACGGGCUGCUCUCAAAUGGGUUGCUUCCCAUUCCAACAGAGAUGGACCUGAGCCUUGGUUAAAUAACCACGCUGAUUUUCAACGUGUUUUUGUGGGUGGUGAUAGUUCUGGUGCUAAUAUUGCCCACAAUUUGGCUAUGGCUGCUGGGAGUCCUGAGCUGGGGCUUAGUAUUGGGCUUCUUGGGAUUGUUUUGGUACACCCUUAUUUUUGGGGGUCGGUUCGUAUAGGAUCGGAGACGGUUUAUCCGGAUGACAAGGCUGUUAUUAAUCGGGGUUUUUUGGAUAUGCUUUGGCCAUUUAUUUGUCCAUCUAACCCAAAUAAUGACGAUCCGCGACUCAAUCCAAUAGCAGAAGAUGCACCAAGCCUAGUGGGCCUGGGGUGUAAGAGGGUGCUGGUUUGCGUGGCCGAGCAUGAUGUGCUGAAAGAUAGAGGCUGGCUUUAUUACGAGGCAUUGAGCCGAAGUGGGUGGAUGGGCGUGGUUGAGAUAUUUGAGACACAAGGAGAGCAUCAUGGAUUCCAUCAUCGUGACUUGGAAUGUGAGAAAUCUAAACAGUUGAUACAGAGACUGGCUGCUUUCUACAAGACGGAUGCGCCUCUACUUUGAUAGAGGGUGGACUUCCUGCUCUUGCUUUUGUUAUGAUCAUACGAGUGGUCUUAUGCUUAUAUAGCAUCAAGAAAAACUUGUGUGUUUCAAUUUCAGU